AUGGCCACCCAAGCCCCGCCCCCCUCCGCUGACCCCGCGUCUCAAAAGAUCUUCACAAUCGGCACGCGCAAGUCGAAGCUCGCCCUUCUACAGACAGAUCUUGUCCUUGCGGCACUCAAGGAACGAUUCCCCGAUUAUACCUUCAAGAUUCACUCGCGCGAAACUGCUGGUGACCAAAACACAACCAUUGCGCUCAAGGACUUCACCACCAAAAACUUAUGGACUCAAGAGCUCGAGGAACUCCUAGAAGCUGGGUCUGUCGACCUUAUUGUCCACUCACUGAAAGAUGUUCCGACCCUGCUCCCCUCCUCUUGCACCCUUGGCCCCAUGAUGAAGCGGGAAGACUCAAGAGAUGUCCUGGUUAUUAAGAAAGAUCUUCCCAAUAUGAGUUUGGCCGAAAUGCCAGCCGGCUCGGUUGUUGGAACGUCUUCCAUCCGCCGUACCGCGCAACUCGCUCGGAAAUACCCGCACCUGAAGGUUAUGGACGUUCGUGGCAACAUCGGCACUCGACUAGCUAAGCUGGACGCGGAGGAUAGCCCGUACACCUGUCUUAUCCUUGCUGCCGCCGGUUUACUACGCCUAGAACUUGGAGACCGCAUCUACCAGUACUUGGACUCGAAGAACGCGGGAAUGCUGUAUGCCGUUGGCCAGGGUGCAUUGGGCAUUGAAAUCCGCAAAGGCGACAAAGUCAUGGAGGACAUGUUGAAGACUGUUGGCCACGAUGAGACAACGUUUGCUUGUCUGGCUGAAAGGAGUCUCCUGCGGACUCUGGAAGGUGGUUGCAGCGCUCCGCUAGGCGUUGAGACUGAGUGGAUUCAAGACACCGAUGGCGCGUCGAAGUUGAGAAUGAGGUCCGUCGUGGUGAGCGUGGAUGGUAGCGAGCAAGCUGAGAUUGAGGUUGAUGGGGCUGUUGACUCACCCCAGUCAGCUGAGGAGUUUGGUGUCACGGUAGCCAAAGCAUUGGUCGAGAAGGGAGCUGGAAAGAUUCUCGCGGAAAUUCAACAAAACAAGCAGCUGAAGGUUCCCGUUUCCGAGUCGACCUAA